AUGGGGCCAGAUAUUAUUCACAACCAUGCAGCUCCGCAGGUGGCGCUGCUCUGCUCUCUGCUGCUGUGCUCUCUGCCUCUUGUGGCCUCCCUGGACUCAGAGGAGCUGCCUGUGACGGACUGGGACAUGUGGAAAUCCAACCAUGGCAUCAACUAUGACGACAGGACAAGAAACGAAUACCAAGUCCUUCAAGGUGCCAUAAUAGAUGCUCAGUUCGUGAAGAGGGGCAAAACGGUCUCUGCGCGGAGGCUGAGGUCCAAUGCUCGCAAGUUAGACCAGUACUUUGUGGAUUACAGAAACACAGGUUUUGUUACAGAAGUCAAGGACCAGGGAUACUGCGGCUCCUGUUGGGCAUUCAGCACUACUGGAGCGAUCGAGGGGCAGCUCUACAAACAGACGGGCCAGAUUGUGUCCCUGAGCGAGCAGAACUUGGUCGACUGCUCCAAACCGUACGGGACAUAUGGGUGCAACGGCGCGUGGAUGGCCAAUGCGUACGACUAUGUGAUCAGCAAUGGGCUCAUGACGACAAACGCCUACCCGUACACAUCAGUGGACACGCAGGCCUGUUACUAUGACAGCAGACUGGCGGUGGCCCACAUUAAAGACUACAGGUUCAUCCCAAAAGGAGAUGAGCAGGCUCUGGCUGAUGCUGUGGCCACCAUUGGACCAAUCACAGUGGCCAUAGAUGCUGACCAUGCCAGCUUCCUCUUCUACAGCUCAGGGAUCUACGACGAGCCGAGCUGUAACCCCAGUAACCUGAGCCACGCCGUGCUGCUGGUCGGCUACGGCUCUGAGGGAGGAGAGGACUUCUGGAUCAUCAAAAACAGUUGGGGCACGAGCUGGGGUGAAGGAGGCUACAUGAGGAUUCUUCGUAAUGGCAAAAACACAUGCGGUGUUGCAAGUUAUGCCCUGUAUCCAAUUUUAUAA